UUUGACAGUUAUUGACAGUAUUUUGUUUGGGAAAGGUUUUGUAUUUUAGCUGGCAUGGUCGUAAUUUGAACAAGAAUACAACUAUCGAGGAAAACUAAUAGAAUAACAUGGCUACAUACGAUAACAAGAUCUGGCUACUUAAAAAUAUAAGAGAUGCAUUCAUUGCGACUGACGAUACUGGACUCUGCGAGAUAGUGAUGACUGGAAGGGAUUUCUCCAAAAUUUUUAGAUCAGCACAAACAAAAUCUGGUGAUGGUGACCAUAUUAAAACAAAAUCUGAUGAUGAAGAGGAACGAGAUAUGGUGACGGAAUUUGACCCAUAUCCCGAUAUGGAAGACAGUGAAGACGACGACAUUUCAUAUGGCAGCUACAUCCCUGUUGAUGAAGGACCACGAUUAGGAACAGACAGAGCUCAGUGGCUAGACAAGAAAGAGCAAGCAUUAAAAAAGGCUGCAAAAAUAAAAGUAGUUAAAUGGGAGGACCCUGCUGAAACCACAACUGAGGAAGUAACAGAUUUAUUCUCCAAAGUUGAAGUCAAAAAGCCAGAGAAGCUAAAGUCACUUCUUAGUGAACAGCUUGAAAAAUGUCCGGAACUUCCCCACCGUCAAUAUCUGGAGUAUGCAAAGUUCGAUGGCACAGCACAACUAGGGCUGCCCACAAAGUCUUUCAAGAUCUUCAUGACUAUGCUCCCAGAGAAACACCAGAAUUACCCUCUAGUCGUUUGUGUCAUAGCUAAUGCUAAAAUUAAGGACCUUAUUGGUUUCACAUGCUAUAAAUACAGCAUUGAACACCCAGAGAUACAACUUGGAUCAGUCCAUGACUACGGGCUUUGCAUAGCAGAAGACGAUGGGGAAGUAGACUGGGCCUUCCCAUGCCUCGAUUCAAAUGAGCCUUGUUCCAAAUUCGGCUUCACUUGCCUGGGCCUUGUAGAAUUAAAGAACAAAAAUAUAAUGGGAGGCACCUCUGGAGGUUUCUCCAUACCAGAAGAUGAUGGAUUUAGAAUGUUUCGAGACGUUGCAUUUUCUGGAUUCCCAAAAGCCAUAGAUUCUGGACAAAGUGUACAGAACACUUCAAGACACAACACGGGGGGCAGUGCUACGUCAGAAGCUGUGUUGAAGGCCUUAAAAGCUGUUAAUGAAGAGAGAAAGGGCAGAGGCGAUUCUGACUUUGACAAGAUCCAGUCUCAUAUAAUGGCUGCUGAGGCACCGCAGUACAAAACAUACAGAGUUCAAAUGUUGAGGAAAGUCAGGACCAACACUCCAGUCCAGCUGGGUAUCUCAUUAGAGAGGAUAGAGGUGGAACCUCAAAUACCACAUAAACACGCAUUUUGGUCGCGUUCAAAGUACUUCCUGCACAGUAUAGACUCAGUGGCGUGGUGCCAGAUAUUAGAAUCCAAAGCUAACAAGAGUACUUUCAGAAUAGUCUACUCAACUAGUCACAACACUAGUUUUAGCAGUAGUAUAGGAGGUAACACAAAUUUCUUCCAUCCAAACUCAGCGUAUAAAGCCCAUGACUUUGAAUGUGAUCAUGAUACAGCCAAAGAGAUAGUUGAGAAAGUGAACACGAUACUCGACCUGCGAAACAGCCCAUGUCGACGGGAAUACAAGACUGCUAAGGAGAAGAAGCUGCAAAGUAGACGAAGCUUCCACACAAAACACCUCAGCUGAGUGUUGUCUAUUUAAUCGUAUUUGUCUCUAGAGAAGAGCAAUUUAAGAUAAGCACACGUUAUAUUGGGCCGUAUGUAACAGUGGAUCAUAUCUCAUAGUCCCGUCGCAAUGAAUCAUCGACAUUCUAAACAUAUGAUGCAGCCUGCAAUAAUGUAUGCUUACUAUCUAAAUAAUUUAAUUACACCAACAUUUUUACAAUACACGAAGAUAGUGGCAAUUAUUAAAUACAAUUAUUAUGGUACGCAAAUUGUGUUCUAUUCAUAAAUAAGUUCCUAAACACAGUUUUAAGUUCAACUAAACAUUUUGAUGACAGUGGUGUCAUUUCGAUGAAAUAUAAAUAAAUAAGGAAUUGCAAGCAUUGCAUUAAGUUUUAGCAAUUUUGUAUUUAGAUAUAAGCUGUACUUGACAUCUAGGAGUGUUGUGUAUUUUAUAAUGAGUGUAAAUAUGUAUUAUUAUAAUUUUCAAUUAACUCUUCUCUUUCUAUUGUCUACUAUUCUCUUUAUUAUGCCACUGUAAAUUUUAUUGUUACUGGUUCUUUUAAAUUAAUAUUUAUACUCUGAAACACAUUAUUACAUUAUUCAUUACUUGGUUUAAAAUUUGUAUUUAUGGAAUAGUGUUCAGCAUUAAUUGUAUGAUAAUAUACCUA